AUGGACUCUCUUCAAUCCUCGGGCACCACGACCCCAAUCACAGACACCGCUCAGUCACUGAAGUCAUUUUCUCGACCAAGCACUCCCGCAACUGAACAGGACCUUCUAUUCAGUCGCCCUCCAUCUCCUUUCCGUUCAACUGCAUCUGAGUACGUUCUCGUCGUUGGUGGUCUAGGCUACAUUGGGAGCCACACAACUUGGGAGCUCCUAAAAGAUGGAAAGAACGUGGUUGUCAUUGAUAACCUCAGCAAUGCCUUUAUCAAUGUUCUUGACACGUUGAACGACAUGGCGGACCAGUACGCCGGACCUUUUCGUCCAGAGCUUCACUUCUACGAGGCGGACUUUAGAGACGAUGCUAAGAUCCAGGAGAUUCUGUCUCGUUACUCUUUGCUUUCUGGAUCACAAAUCAAACGAGUUAUUCACUUUGCUGCGUACAAGUCUGUCUCGGAAAGUAUUGAGAAGCCGCUCAAAUACUAUGACAACAAUGUUGGUGGACUUAUCAGAUUCUGCAACACAUUGUCAAAGUUUAACAUCAAAAACCUCAUCUUUUCGUCAUCAGCUACAGUGUAUGGUUCCCUAGCAGAUGCAGGUGGACGCCUAGUUGAAGAGUCUUGCGCUCAUACCACGACGGAGUGGCGCGAUGCUAGCGGCCAGAACCAAACUACUCUUUCUGGAUGCACGGGUCUCACGAAUCCAUAUGGACGAACAAAAUGGAUCUGCGAGGCUAUUCUGUCCGAUUUAGCGAUUGCAGACCCAGACUGGACCAUCACAGCCUUAAGGUAUUUCAACCCCAUUGGCUGUGAUGAAUCAGGCCGCUUGGGAGAAGAUCCUUGCGUUGCACCAACCAACUUAAUGCCUGUCCUCCUCAAAGUCAUGCUCGGCGAGAUAGACCAACUCCAGGUAUUCGGUACAGAUUGGGAUACCCGAGACGGCACAGCUAUCCGAGACUUCAUCCAUGUCUCUGAUCUUGCCAGGGGUCAUCUUGCUGCCCUCGCCGUGGAAGACGGCCAAGGUUUUCAGACAUUCAAUAUUGGUACUGGAACUGGUCAGACAGUGUAUGAAGUCGUUGACGCUAUGAAGACUACUUCAGGGAGAGACAUUCCGGUGCUGAAAGUGGGACGCCGCCAAGGUGACGUCGGAGUUUGUGUCGCCGAUCCUGGAAGAGCUAUGGCUCAACUGGGAUGGAAGCCGCAAAAGACUUUACUUGACAGUUGCCGGGAUCUGUGCAGAUUCUUGGAGGCAAAUGGGACUAAGAUAAGCUCGUAA